GACACCCUUAAGCAGCAGAUGAAUAACGAGAGAGCCGACUAUAAAGUCGUCAAGAGCAAUCUCGAGCAGCAGAUUGCAGGACUCCGCCGCCAGUAUACGACCGAAAUUGACACCCUUCAGCAGCAGAUAAAUGACGAGCGAGCCGACCAUGAAGUCGUUAAGAGCAAUCUCGAGCAGCAGAUUGCAGGACUCCGCCGCCAGUGUGCGGCCGAAAUUGACACCCUUCAGCAGCAGAUAAAUAACAAGCGAGCCGACUAUGAAGUCGUCAAGAGCAAUCUCGAGCAGCAGAUUACAGGACUCCGCCGCCAGUAUACGGCCGAAAUUGACACCCUUAAGCAGCAGAUAAAUGACAAGCGAGCCGACCAUGAAGUCGUUAAGAGCAAUCUCGAGCAGCAGAUUGCAGAACUCCGUACCCAGGUUGAGGCCGGACAGACAGCUCUCGGCGAUGAACAAGCCGCGAAGGCGUCUCUGAUCAUUGCUUUGCUGCAGCUGAUGGACAAUCCGGAGAUUCCAGGUAAGUUGCCACGCAAGUCCAGUUUGCUUGAUUUCAAGCUGAUCGAGUAGCAGAAGAGACCCCAACAAUGAUGGAGAAUCUCACGACAGCAUAUCCUGCUCCGGCGUCGGAUAUGUUGAUUCAAGAGAACGUCUACAGCAUUGAUAAUGAGCACAUGCUGGCAUGGGACAUCACACUGUUCUCGCCAUCCAGCUCCGAUACUUGGAAGCAUGGCUUCCUUCCGACAAUUGCACAUGAAAUGUGCAUCGCGGCCUGCAUCGAGAAGCAACCUGACCGAAUACUGGCAUUGUGCGAGCUUUUUACAUGUGCUCUCCGCAUGCAAAAGAUACCAGUUGACGACGAUUCCAAACAGGCGAUUUUGAAACUCCCACAGAUCUUAUUGCAAAAAGAAAUCGAAGAGGCCGAUUCCAGGAAACUGGCACUUGCGACAAUGCGCGCGAUAGAAUUGGUCCUUCGCCUCCGAAUUCCAAUUUCGAUUCAAGAUCUUCAAAAGACAUGGCAGAAGAUCGAGCAGAAAUUCAAGCCAGCAGAUCGUGGAGACCCACUCCUCCACGGCCUGUCUCAGUGGAUACACAUGGCGGCAUUUGAGCCCACCAAGCCCAGAGCCUCUUAGAUAUCAUGGGACAACUCGAAUCGUACGACAUCAUGCGAGGGAUUGGAAGAUACCAGAUCCACAUGGGCACGACAGGUCCGGUCGUUACCGACUUUGAAAACCAGAUGAUCGCCGACUUUGCGUAUAAUGAAGU